AAAUUUUUGGGUUCCAAAUUUCAAUUAGUUGCUGGAUUCUUCAUACUUUUUCCUCUUUUGAUCUCAUCUUCCCCUUUUCCCCUCUGUCUCUGCAACCCUCCUUCAACCUCCCACAUUUUGCAGCUCAAUCAGGAUUUUUUUUUAAUAAUUUGGAGGGACAGAGAGAAGACGGGGGAACUGCUGCUAUCCAAGUUUUGAAGGGAGAAAUUAUCCAUAGAUGAGAUGAAAAGAAGGAAACGGGAGCUGGAUUUCAACAAUUUGGCCAUUCAUCGAAAUGAAAAUACUCAAUUGGAUCCUUUAUUUUGCGUUUAUUUUGUUUUUUACGUCUAGUUUCUUAGAAGACAAACAUUAUACUUUUGGUUCCGGAGUUGAAUCUUCUUCGUUGGACAUCAAAAGACAAUGGGCAGAGUACAUGCAACGGAUUUGUCCCAAAGAAUUGGCAGAAAUGAAAAAAGAAUUCGGAGAAGACUUGUAUUUGUCAUUGAAGAUUUUCAAAACUGAUAUUGGAUUGAGUGAAGUAUGGUUACAAAGAGGAACUGAUGAACCCUCGACUAUCCUGCAAUCUAUGCCACAAGAGCUUAUUUUGGGAUGCUUCAGAAAGAAUUACCAUCUAUUUCCUAGUGUCCCUAGAAGGUACCUGGCUGACAAGUCUCCUAAAGCGUCUUCCAGCUUUGCUUCCAGUCCGUCAACAGAUAUAUUUGAUGACCCGAUUAUACUACCACCUGAUUUGCUUUAUAAACCACCUACUCUACCUGCCCCUACGGAGGAUUCCACAACUUCAGGGAACGAACAACAUAACAAAGACUUGAACAAUAUUAUAACUAUUGCUUCAUCAGUAGCAGGAGCAGUUGUUAUCUUUGCAUUACUGUUGUUUUGUUGUCUGAUGAGCGGUCAUAAUCGCUAUGCGGAUACACAGAAAGAUGACAAACCCCUACUCACAUUGAGCUCUAGUGAAUUCUUUGCUGGCUCCUCAACAAGUUCUGACGUAAAGGGUGGUGGUGGAAAUGAAGGUCUCAAUGACUCGGUUUUGAAACAUGAGGGACAUGGUACUUCACUUGGUGUUAUAUCAGAACAUGGCCCUGGUGUAGCUGGAAACGGUGGGGGGUUUUCUGAGAAAUUGACGCCUGAAAAACCAGAUACUCUCCCACCAGCUGCAUCACCGCCUCCAACACCUAAGCCUCCACCACCUCCAAAACCCGUCCGACCACCACCACCUUUGCCAAAGAAAGGAGGUGGCCUAGGCCUACAUAAUCGACGAAAGUCAGCUUCUGGUGAAGGUAGUGAUCUUUCUGGAGACCCGGAUGGCCAAAGAACAAAGUUAAAGCCAUUCUUCUGGGAUAAAGUUGUUGGUAAACCUGACCAUUCGAUGGUGUGGGAUGAAAUUCGAGCAGGAUCAUUCCAGUUCAAUGAAGAGAUGAUAGAAUCUCUGUUUGGAUAUAAUCCGGAUGACAAAAGGGGUGGUAAUCGUGGGAGCAAGUUAAAAGAUGGUUCUCAACCACAAUUUAUAGAGAUAAUUGAUGCUAAGAAGUCUCAAAACUUGGCUAUUCUUCUAAAGGCACUUAAUCUAACCACUGAAGAAGUUCGUGAUGCACUUUUAGAAGGUAAUGAACUUCCAGCAGAGUUAUUGCAGACAUUGCUGAGAAUGGCUCCUACACAAGAAGAAGUGCUAAAGCUUCAAUUAUUCAAUGGUGAUAUUUCUGAACUUGGACCGUCAGAGAAAUUCCUGAAAGCAUUGGUAAAUAUCCCAUUUGCUUUUAAAAGAAUGGAGUCACUAAUGUUCAUGAUGACAUUCAAGGAAGAGGUCACUGGAAUCAAGGAGUCUUUCAUUACUUUGGAGAUAGCCUGUGAUGAACUCAAGAAAAGCAGAUUAUUCCUUAAGAUUUUGGAAGCAGUUCUCAAAACUGGCAACCGUAUGAAUGAUGGCACCUAUCGUGGAGGUGCGCAGGCAUUCAAACUCGAUACCCUUUUGAAACUUGCAGAUGUGAAGGGAAAAGAUGGAAAGACCACAUUAUUGCAUUUUGUUGUCCAGGAGAUUAUUCGUACAGAAGGCAUGAAAACUUUGCGUGCUGCACAAGAAAAUUGUAGCAUAUCUAGCAUGAAAAGUGACGAUUUUGUGGAAGAUCCAACAUAUGAUUCAACCGAACACUAUCAGUGUCUUGGCCUUCAAGUGGUGUCAGGCAUAAGUAGUGAACUUGGAAAUGUCAAAAAGGCAGCACUUGUUGAUGGCGACGGUCUGAAAUCCUCUGUGUCGAGGCUUGGCCAAUCUUUAACGAAAAUUAAAAAGUUCUUAGAGAAUGAGAUGGAAAAUCCCGAAGGAGAUUCUGGGUUCUAUGAAGCUCUUGUAAGUUUUGUAGAACAUUCAGAAGGUGAGGCAACCUGGUUGGUCGAAGAAGAACAAAGGAUAUCAGGUUUGGUGAGAAAAACCGCAGACUAUUUCCAUGGAAAUGCCGGAAGGGAAGAAGGGUUGCGUUUGUUCAUUGUUGUGCGCGAAUUUCUUGUUUUGCUGGAUAAAAUUUGUGCAGAAACAAAACAAUCGUACGCAAAGAGAGAAAAAAGCACUGGGAAGGAAUCGUCCCUUAAAAGGGCUUCGUUAGAUCAGAAUUCAUCGAUACAGGACAUGCGCCAAAAAUUAUUUCCUGCGAUUGCAGACAGACGUGUGGUCGACUCCAGUUCCGAUUCAGAUGACUGAAAAUAAUCUCCCUGGUAGGCAUAUUAGCUUAUCCUCCACUUCUGAUUAAUCCUCAGUCAUUAUAAUAUUUAUUUCUUCAAUACAUUAUAGUCAUAUAGUGUCGGAAAAUUGUCUGCAUAAAAAAUUAUUAAUUUUCUAUGUACAAAUAUAAUCUAGUAUCAUCAAAGAAGAUGACGAUAGAAGACAGAAGAUUGCAAAUGAAAUUGGAAGACAUGAGUCAGAAGAAUGAAAAAAAAGGAGGGGGAGAUAGUAUAUGUUUAUUAAUCUGAAUGAAUGGCAUGUAAUGUACACCCACUUCUACUUAUAGAAAAAAAAUGGUUGCUUACUAAUUAUA